UAUUAUUCUAGAUUAGGUCCACGUCGUAUGGUGUCCCUUCUAAUCAUCCCGAAACGUUCUAUCACCGGGGCGAAAACGUCGGCAUCGGCGCUCCAUGGGAGUGAGCGCCCACAACGAAGCCAGGGUGGCAAGGUCCGCAGCUGUUAGCCGCCCAUCGCCCGUCGACGCUUAUGUCGAUCCCUCACCAAAACGUCGGCGCAUACAAUAGAGGUGGGGUCAUGCGUGCCGAGUAGCACUCGGCCAUGCUGAAACCCCUCGUCCAACCGGCUGCCUGCGUGUUGCGAGCACGUAUCAGACCAAAGGUGGGUGCUUCUUUUUUUCUUUUUUCUUUUGACAGACACGCGCCUCGAACGGUCUUGGCGGACCAGAUUUUGAUAAGUCUGCAUUUUAUUGUUCCAGCUUGCAGACCCUUGUUGGUUUUUACUCGACCCUGUAUACCGCGUGUCCCCGUCCUUUUAAAGGUGGCCAAAGCAAAACCCACUUGCGUCCAGUCCCCCGAGUGCUCCCCCUUCUCCCAUCCUUCGCACUGCUGCGCUCCCUUUCCUCCCCUUACCACGUCCUCCCAGGCAUGUCCGACUAUACCGCUGCCACCGUUUCACUCGAACAGCUGAGAGGAUCUCGGGCGACGUUCCUUCCCAAGCGGAUCGAACUUCUGGCCAGCGGAGACUAUAGCGCCAUGUUGGGUCUCGCGAGCGGUCCCACUCCGUCUGGCCAGCCACCCACAUGCCAGCCAAACAAUGGGUUGUUCCCCAGCUUCGUAGUCGAGACAAGGACUGGCAGCCGGUCGCUAACCAAAGACCAUGCAGAGUUGGUCUUUGAUCCGGUAAUUGGCCAGGUCCGACUCACGAACUGGGCCAACCACAAGGGGACAAUCAUCUUCCGGGGUGUACCCCGCUAUAGUGAAGAUAUUCUCACUACCACAGUGUACAGCGCAAAGACGAUGCCCAAGGGUGUCAAGGCAUUCAUACUUGAAAAUCCGGGCGACGAACACGUACUCCAGAAUGGAGACAUCAUAGAUGGCGGAGCCCACCCACCCAUGCGCGACGGGGACCGGCUCCCCAAUUCUCGCUCGAGUCGGGUUGGCGGUAGAAAAGCCUCGAGUCAGGUUGUCAAUGGAACAUAAGC